CCUGAGAAGACGCUUUGGUUUAUUUUUGCAAUGAGAUGCACAAAGUUUAACUUUGCAGAAUAUUAAUAGAAUGCUUUCCAAGAAGAGUGAGAGGCUUGGGCUGCGGGGCAGUAGAAUGCAGGUUUGCUGAAUCACCUCUUAUUCAAAUGGAAGGAAGAAUGAUUAUGCCUUAAUUGAAACCUAGCAGAGAAAGGGAUGAUCUUUAUGACAAGCAAAAAAAUUGCUCAAAAUAUGUGUCUUGCCUGGAAAAUUCUGAGCACGUUGUUAUUUAUGCUGAUGAAAUAGUACCUGAGAAUUUCCAAGUUUACUUGUGGACUGUUGUGCUUAUCUAGAAAAAGCUUUGUAUUGUUUCCAAGCAGGUUCUAAAACAUGGCAGCCUACCCUCUUUUCCCUUUGUUUACCCCUAAUGCUAUUUUGUGGAAGGCUUUUAAAAAGAUAUGUGGUGUAUGUAAUGUGCUGUUACCAACAUUUGAAUGUAGAUACCCAUUUGAGAUUGUUCCAGUAGGUCAGAUGGCUUAAUUAUUUACCUGUGUAUCUGUUUGACUAUGACAUCCAAACCAGCAGUUUUGUACUUGAUCUGGUGUUUGUUGCAUUGUGACUGUCAAGAUACACUGAGUUCAAUAUGUAGAGCUAUUUCAAGAGCAGAAGCCUCACUUUUUCUUGGAUAACAUUAACAGCAUCACAUUUUUGAUCCUCCAUACCCAUGGAAAGUGGUGGUAUCCUUUGCAUACUGGAGCCCAUGGAACUUUAUUGUCAUAUGUCAGAUGUGGGUGCUGCUCCUAAUGUACAAUAUUUGUGAAUGUCCUGUCUCUAGGUGGGAAAAAUGUCAGUACACCAAGAUGGCAUACUAGAAAUACCAUCUAGCUGAGAAUUUCUGGGACAUGGAGGUAGCUGGUUCUUCAGGAAACGUACGUUUGGAUCUUUACCAUUUUAUUUUAUUGUUGUGUGAGGUGAAAAAAGAAUGAAUAUUUAAACAACCUUCGGUCUUGAAUCAAAAUGUCCCUCUGUGCGUCUUCUCACAAGGACUUUUCUCAGUUGCUGCCUCUUCAGGAUAUUGGAUGCAAUAAAACAGAAAUUAAAAACUCACCUGCUGGUAUUGGCUCUCCAGUUCCCUACAGCUGUAAUCAAUCUGCAUUGACAACAGAACACAGUCCAGUCUACAUCCCUUCAUCUUACGUGGAAAACAGGCAUGAAUAUUCUGCAAUGGCAUUCUGUAGUCCUGCUAUGAUGAAUUACAACAUAGCCAGCAAUUUUGGUGAUUCAGAGAGUGCAUCUGUGAGACAAACAUCGAGCCCAAGCCUGUUAUGGUCUGCUCCUGGCCACCUCUCCCCUCUGACACUGCACUGUCAGUCAUCGCUUCUGUAUGCAGAGCAGCCUAAGAGCCCGUGGUGUGAAGCGAGACCGCUGGAACCAGUGCUGCCCGUCACCAGGAAUCUUCAGGAUGGCCACUUGAGUAAUCUGCCUUUGGGGUCAGAAGAGGCAGUUCUGAAGCACAUAUCUGCCUCAGGUACUAGAGAGACAUUAAAAAGAAAAACUAAUGGCAGUGACUGUACAAGCCCUAUUGCAAGUAAUCCUGGCUCAAAAAGAGAUGCCCACUUCUGCGCAGUCUGCAGUGACUAUGCUUCAGGCUACCAUUAUGGGGUCUGGUCUUGUGAGGGCUGCAAAGCUUUUUUCAAAAGAAGUAUUCAAGGACAUAAUGAUUACAUCUGCCCAGCUACCAAUCAAUGCACGAUAGACAAAAACAGGCGCAAAAGCUGCCAGGCCUGCCGGCUACGGAAAUGCUAUGAAGUGGGAAUGAUGAAAUGUGGCUCAAGAAGAGAACGUUGUGGGUAUCGAAUCCUGCGCCGCCAUCGUAAUUCGGAAGAUUGCAUGGGCAAAACCAAGAAGUACAACGAGGCUGCAACCCGUGUAAAAGAGAUCCUCCUCAGCACAGUCAGUCCAGAACAGUUUGUCUUAACUCUGCUUGAAGCUGAGCCUCCCAACGUGUUGGUGAGUCGUCCGAGCAAACCAUUCACCGAGGCCUCCAUGAUGAUGUCCCUGACAAAACUGGCAGACAAAGAGCUGGUUCACAUGAUUGGAUGGGCCAAAAAAAUUCCUGGCUUCAUUGAUCUCAGUCUCUAUGACCAAGUCAGGCUGUUGGAAAGCUGCUGGCUGGAAGUUUUAAUGAUUGGUUUAAUGUGGAGAUCGAUCGACCAUCCUGGGAAAUUAAUUUUCGCACCGGACCUUGUACUGGACAGGGACGAGGGGAAAUGCGUAGAGGGAAUUUUGGAAAUCUUUGAUAUGCUCCUGGCCAUGACCUCGAGGUUCCGAGAGCUGAAACUGCAGCACAAGGAGUAUCUGUGUGUCAAGGCAAUGAUCCUCCUCAAUUCCAGCAUGUUUCCCUUGUCAGCAGAAGAACCCGAAAGCAACAGGAAGCUGCACCACCUGCUCAAUGUGGUCACAGAUGCUCUGGUGUGGGUUAUUGCAAAGAGUGGGAUCCCUUCCCAGCAGCAAACAACUCGCCUGGCCAACCUGUUGAUGCUGCUCUCCCAUGUCAGACAUGCAAGUAACAAGGGCAUGGAGCAUCUGCUGAGCAUGAAGUGCAAAAACGUGGUCCCAGUGUAUGACCUGCUGCUGGAAAUGUUGAACGCGCACACGCUCCGAGGGCAAAGAAAGUCCCCAGUCACACAUCCUGACUUUGAACAAGUUUCACAUUUCCAGGUCUGAACAGAACUACGGGGCUGCCCUGUAAUGCAGGCUGUACCCAGCCUCCAUUUACUGAAAGUUAUGGGAGAAAACUAAGCUGCUGUGAUGGGACUGCAGGAGCGUGACCUGGUGCGAGUCCUCAUCUCUCCUAGAUUUACUGUGGGAUACCUUGGGAAAAGCUUGCGAGGCGCACACCUCUGUCUGUUUCUGACAUUAUAAUAGCUGCACUUUUAUAGUGCCUUCUGUGAGACUCUUAAAAGCACCUUAUGAAAUUAAGCCUCAGAACAGUCCUGCAAGACAGGGAAUUAUCGCCUCUCCUUUUUAAAAGCAACUGAGACAAAGAGAUAAAGUGACCGGGUUGAGAUGACAGAGGUCUGUGUCGGGGCCAGGGGUCAGGGCCUUGCUCUCUGUGUCCCAGCCCAAUCCUUUUGAGCACUGACUAACUGAUCUCCUUUCAGUGUGAGGCAGUAUGAAAUAUACAGCAGCAGUGUUUGGGAUGGAUCUGCUUACCUGUGCGUGCUGGGCACUGGGGAAUGCUGCUUUGCAGGUGAUGUGCACAGUGUAAAGGAGUUUUCUUUGUUCUUAAAUAUGCAAUGGCUGCGUGGGCCCUUGUUUGAGGGCCAUUCUGAAUAGCAUCUUGGGCCAGUUCAGAGCCUCUUCAGAAAUGUGAAACCAAGCUUACAUUUGCGUUUUGUGAGCAAGUUCUUAACACCCAUGUUAUUACUUGUGUAUAAUUCCUCAGCGCUUUAAACCAGCACCAAACUGCCACCUUCUUUCAGUCAGUGCUGACCUUUGAAAUGUGUUCUGUCUGUGGGAUGCAGAUGUUGUUUUAUAUAUUUAUUAACGAUGUUGAAUCUAUUAUAACGUUUAGGUACAAAAGGUUGCUCUGUGAACAUUGUGUGCGUUCAUAUAUGCUCUGCUAACCGGGGCUUGUGAGAUCAGCGGGGAAACGCACUGCAUUCCCUCCCGUUCUGACUGCCUGUGGGUCUGGGUCCUGCCCACCCCAACCUCACUGUAGAGGCAGGGGAUGGGAGGCUGAGCAGAGCUGCUGCCCUCAGGUUUGCUGCUUGCUUGUUCUCCAAGUGUGUGACACCUGAAGCUGUUCCUUAUUUUGUGCAGGAUCCUUCAGAGGUUUGUUUCACAGGCGCGAUGGCUCAUUGGAGUUGAAUGUCACUUGGGAUGCAGGCUGAGGCCUCCCUGUAGUGCUGAUUUCUGCAUGUGUUUAAGACACCUUCUAAGGAAAAUAAUGCAGGGAAAUAUCACAUCUGACCACCUCACCAUUUGUUCCAGUCACUGCCAAUAUUGCAUUUUGAUGUGAGCUACGAUUGCAGUUGCUAUCAGUGGAGGCGUUUAUAAUACAUGCAUGUUCUUGGCAUUGCAGGUGCGGUGACAUUAAACUGGGACUACCCCCAAAAGUCCAUUUUGAGCCUAAGUCUUUUGGAUGAGGGACUUUGCGCCGUUCCCCCUUUGCAUGCUUUGAGUUCCUUGCAGACCCUUCACCCUGGUGUUUUUUGAAGCCCGGGACAGUAUUUUUAUAGGAGGGGCAUAAAGCACCAUCAGAGAGUUGCACAAAUUUCUUGUCUUGAUUUUGAUCUUGUACUAUACGGGAUGCUGCUGCUGCCUGGGUUUUUACUGGCUACCUUUCUAUUGUUUUUAAGAGCUGUAAUAUAGCAGCGCCCUUCUCACCUAUCUCAUAUUUACUACAAAAAGAAGAAAACAAAAAGGGAAAAAAAAAGUAAGUUCAGUUCUUGAAUUCAUUGGCUCCUUACUCAUCUGGAGGGAAGUUUUGCUGUCAAAUCACAUCCUUGGGUGCCAUCACCUCCCGGCCUCCCCACGAUGUAGUUCUGUUCCUCUGGUUUUCCUUCUCCUGUGUGUUUGUUUUGUUUAAUACAGCUUGUUUUCAAAGAAACACCAAAGUGCUAUUUUUUGUUCUGCUAUAAAAGCGUCGAGUUGAUGUGCACUCCUGAAGCAAAUGGCUGGGAAACUGGGGAGAAGAGGGUGUCAGUUGUACAGUAAACGUCUGGAUGUCAGUUUGCUCUGGGUUGAUAGACGGGCGGUGCUGCAGAGUUGUGCCAUGCUGUGAUUCCCACACUGUUUCUAAAUGGGAAUGGGGGAUAUAAUUAAAGCAGAUUGUGUUUUGUUAUGUCGUUUCAUUAAAAGCUAUUGGCAGUGUUUUAAAACGGGCGGAACCCAAUAGCUCUCACGUCUGUGGAUUAAUGUGACGGUUCGUGUGUGGGCAAAGAGAAAGGUGUAUGUCUCUAGUAUGGCACAGAUGAUGAACAAGGACCUUGUGAUAAGGCAAUGAGCAAGGGUACGUUGUCUCCCAGGUAAGAUAUUGGGGUAACUGUGGGUCUGUAUCCCACAGAUCUUCUCAUGUACUGCAGCCCAGGUGAGGAGAACAUCCGUGUCCACCCCAGGCCUGAGCAGAGCGGUCGGUGCUUUUCAGCUCCUAUAUGGGGAGCAUCUCCAUGUCCAGCAGGAAAGAACUGAGGAGCUGCAGAGGCCCAUCAGGAGGUGAGAAUGUGGCUGCACUGCAGCAUCCCUUCCCUGCUGCACAUCAGCGUCUGCCACAGAGUGGGACUGGGCCAGAGGAGGCUGUUUCUGCCUGGACUGUGCUGUGGUUCUGGGAGCUGAGAUGAGGGUGUCAUGUAUGAUUCAUUUCCAGCAAUGCUACACCUAUUCCAGAGCUCUGUGUUCUUGCAAAUUACAUUUGGUGCUUCCUGAGGGGAGAAGAUGAGUGGGAAAAUCCUUCCCUGAGACAAAGCCUGAUUGGGUGCUCCUAUGAAAUGUGCAGGAAAGCAAGACGGAUCGCACAUACUGUCUGUGUCAAUAUGGGUAGUGCCAUAAUAUCUAGGGAACCUGCUUGAGAUGGAGGUUGGACAAGAUGCUCUCCAGAGAUCCCUUCCAAGCCCUCCAAUUCUGUGACUUUUCAGUUAACUCCUUCCUGAUUGAAUGCAACACGGGGAACAUUGUAACGAAUGGAGAGCUUCCUUCUCACUGCUGGAAGUUUUUGUUUUCCAUUUGAUGGCAUGUUGAGAAUCAAAGACAUCUGCUGUGUUUGCACCAUUAGAGUGGUUUAAAGAGCUCCUAGAAAUGCAGUGAGUCCUUGGAAAGGUGCCUCUUUAUCCUUUUAAACUGUUACCAGUGGUCAGCUUUAUCUAAGGUAAGAGUUAUAGUUUUGUUUGGACGUCACUAGAGAAUAUAUAACUUAGACUUGCUGAAAGAUGAUGCCAAAUAUGUGGGUACAAACAGACACAAAGGAUUCAAAGGGCAGCUCAGCCCGAGCACAAUGAUGUUGCUGAUGGCUGCAGGUUUGAUGGGGUUCUUUAGAGGCACAGCACCGCUUUACUGUGGGAUAUUCCUGGCAGCUUUGGGUCCCAACUAUAAAGAAAGCAAGGAUGAGAUUUUUCCUUUGAGCUAGACACAAAUGGCUUCUAAAAGCAGGGCCAGAGCCUGCUUUUGUGUGUCCAACGUUGUUCUUUCUUGCCUGAGUGAUAGAAAAUAGCUGCACUCUGAUGAAACAGUGUGCUUUCUCCUUUUCUUAGCCUGUGCUUUAUCCGUUCAUAUAUUGAAAAUGUUGUGUUCAUUAUGGAGUCUAUUUUGAUCUUAGCACUGAGAGCUGAUGGUAGAGAAGGAGGCAACUCUCUCCCUUUCCUGUCCUUUCCCAUGAAGAUAAAAAACUGCCCAUGGCAAACAAGUUGCUCAUACCUUGGCAGCUGAUGUUUAAAGCAAGGUAUGGAUGUGCAUGGCUUCAUUUGAGACGCCUUAAACCGAGUACAGUCUGAUGUCCUGUCACAGCAAUUACUGGUUUUUAAGGUUGAAUUUUGAUCUUCUGGCCAGUUCCCUGGAUGGCAGAAUAGAUUGUAACAGCUGACCUUGGCUGCUGUAAGCCAGCACAGCUAUGGACAGGAGUCAGGGAUGUGCCUUGGCUGUUGUCACCAUUCUUCUAAGAAGAAAGAGUUGGACAUUAUUAUUUAUGUCCUGCAAGAUUUUAACUUGGCAAAGUUAAGGAUGUGGUUGUAUAUUGUGCUGAUACUAAGGCUAGCUUUGUAAAUGAGAGUAAGGAAAGCAAGUGGAUUGCUAUAAUGUAUUGUUAUUAUUUUUAGUGUUUUACUACUGAAGUGUUGAGUUAAAAGGCAGGGUAUGUUUCAUAGCCAAGGCUUCAUUUUAUUGAUGAUCUGGAUAUUUUAGAACCAUUGUUCCCUUCUUUGAGCACAGAGGUCACCUACGCUAACGCAUUGUUGAGUGUUAGUGAUUUCUAUUUAAGUGCAUUAAAAGCAGACUGCGAUGGUAUAAAAUGCCAGCUUCUGCUGAUAAGCAAAUCCUCCUUUACUCAUCACAGCGUUGUGUAGUGAAGCGAUACAGUACCCAUGAACAGUUCUUUCUGGACAUUUCUUAUGUCUAUUGUCCAUAGUUUUCUGAGUCCUGCUUCCUAUGUGGUAUUAGCUUCAGUAGUUUAUCCUCACUGCAAGUCUGGAGUGGAAACAAACAGCGUUAGGAGUGAAGUUGGCACCUUUUGUUUUAUGUAUGUGGCAUGGAUGGGAAAAACAAGCCAACCAACCUCCUUCCUGUCUCUUGGCUAUUUAGUUCUGUGAAUUUAAAGUAUUUUUCCAGUGAUGCAUGCAUUGUACAGUUGUAGACGUUUGUGGCUGAAUAAACAGGUAUCACGAAACCUAAA